AUGAAGGCCUUCUUAAUUCUGACAGCUCUCUUCGCGUUCGUCGCAGCUGCUCCGCGGCUGCGCCGAGAGGCUAUUUAUGGUGGAUAUCAUGGUGGACUUUACGGAGGUCACCUCGGAUAUUCUCAUGGAGUAGCAAUCGCUGGACCCGCCUUGGGACCAACCAGUGUUGCUGGACCUCACCUUGGAGCGACCAUGGUGGCUGCUCCAUCUAUAGGGCCAGCCAAACUCUCUGGAUCCGUUGCUGGACCGGUUCAAGUUUCUGGUGCUGUUGCUGGAUCCGCUGUUGUUACUGCUUCUGUCGCCGGACCUGCUCACGUGGAAGGUUACAGCGGCCCUUAUGACGGUGGAGUCGGUUUGGGAUACACCGGUCCAGCCUAUAGUUAUACCGGGUAUCCGGGAUAUGCUGGAUACUCUGGAUACGCGGGAGCCGGUAGUCACGGAGUGGUAAUAGCAGGACCAGCAUCGCAUGGAGCUGUUCUCGCAGGACCAGCGUCCCAUGGCGCUGUCCUUUCUGGUCCUCAAUCCGGAAGCGCCGCUGUAUCCGGCCCUAAUGCUGGUUCCGUGGUAAUCGCUGGUCCCUCUGGCAAAAUUACUACCCACGGGACUGGUUUUGGUGGGAUCCACACUGGACACGGUCAUUGAUAACGAAUGAGAGCUGUUGGCAGAACAAGAACUUUAAAAAUCUCUCGAUCGUAUCCACUUCUAUGAAUUAUCAGCGGAGUUAAACUACAAUACGAUAUCUGAUCGUUAUAUCGUUAGAUUUGUCUCACGACGAUCCCCGUUAGCGAUACAUUUGAUACUAUGAUUUUAUAACGAUAAUGCAAUACGAAUAAGAAUUUUUUAUACAGUUGAUAUACCCUUACUUUUUUUUUAAAUAGAUAAUAAAUAGUUUGUGACAUAGAUAUUCGUAGAUCGCUCGCUAUUUAUCGUGUAACUUUAACUGAUCUCUUACGGUAAUACACGAUUUAGUUACACACGUUUAAUCAUGUUGUUAACUAUGUACUCGAAAUUCUCGCACGCGAUGCUUUAAUGGAGUUAUAUCGUUAUACGUCGUCAACCUUUACGUCGCUUUAAAUUCGUUAUGCGACCUAUUUUAACGAGCUGUAAAAUAAUUAUGCAUCGAUUCCAUGCACGCUCUAGUUUUGUCUUUGCAAAAAGGAACCUCCACGUUUAUUUAUUCCACAUUCCAAAUUUACUGCUCUCAGUGUCUGUAUCUAACCCGUUCAUUUUUUAUUCCUCUUUUAUUGCCAAGAAGAAUAAAACCUACAUAAACAAGCUGGCAUUCGUAUCAAAUUCUUCGAUCGUGCUACCGCGCAACGAAUAGAGACAGAUCACAAAAGCGUUUUACGCGAUCCACUAUCGAUCUUUAUCAUUCUGGUGUGUAAUUCUAAAAGUUUUGUUAGUUUAUCGUAGCCAUUCGUGGAAUGGCGACACCUACUACAAGGGGCCACAAUCAGAGGGUAGACAGAACCGAAACCAAGUUGAACCAUUGACACGGAUAUCGACACGUUGGAAUAACAUAUCGAUAGUUGUGGUAAAGGUUAAUGUCGUUAGAUGUAUGAUUCGCGACACGGUUCG